CUUCUCCCCUCACCGUUUCCGUCCCCUUACAACCUUUAUAUUACCUUUACGAUACCCACGUUAUCGUUAACCACUCCUCUCACAUUCAUAAUGUCUGCUCCUGCUUCUUUCUCUGACAUCGCCAAGGCGGCCAACGAUCUCCUUAACAAGGAUUUCUACCACACCAGCGCUGCCAGCCUUGAGGUCAAGUCCAAGGCUCCCAAUGGCGUCACCUUCAACGUGAAGGGCAAGAACGCCCACGAGGGUCCCAUCGCUGGCUCUCUCGAGGCCAAGUAUGUCGACAAGCCUACUGGCCUCACCCUCACCCAGGCAUGGACCACUGCCAACGCCCUCGACACCAAGCUCGAGCUCGACAACAACAUUGCCAACGGCCUCAAGGCCGAGAUCCUCACCCAGUACCAGCCUUCCAAGCAGUCCAAGGGUGCUAAGGUCAACCUUCACUUCAAGCAGCCCAACCUGCACGCCCGUGCCUUCUUCGACCUCCUGAACGGCCCCUCCGCCAACUUCGACGCUGUCCUCGGCCACGAGGGCUUCCUUGUUGGUGCUGAGGGUGGCUACGACGUCCAGAAGGCUGCCAUCACCAAGUACUCCGCUGCCAUUGGCUACAGCGUUCCCCAGUACUCCGCUGCCAUCACCGCCAGCAACAACCUGUCUGUCUUCGCCGCCAGCUACUACCACCGCGUCAACGCUCAGGUUGAGGCUGGUGCUAAGGCUACCUGGGACUCCAAGACCGGCAACUCCGUCGGCCUUGAGGUUGCCAGCAAGUACAGACUCGACCCCUCUUCCUUCGCCAAGGCCAAGAUCAACGACCGUGGUGUCGCCGCUCUGGCUUACAACGUUCUGCUCCGCCCUGGUGUCACCCUUGGCCUUGGUGCUUCCUUCGAUACCCAGAACCUGAACCAGGCUGCCCACAAGGUCGGUGCCAGCUUCACCUUCGAGGCUUAAGCGACUCUCUCUGUACUAUCUCUCCACGCCUAUAAUACCGUGUUCCGCUAGCUUGAGGAUAGCAAUUUGUGAAUAAUAUUAGACUCUUUUCUAUCUUCAGUUGUUUUCUAGAUGCCAUAUAGCUGUACUCGGAAUGGGUGCAUGUAUAUGAGGCUCCGCGGAUAUGCUGGGAACGGGCGAGUGUGAUCAAAUGCCAACCUUACUAAUCGUGUACCGUAUCUAUCCAUGAUCAAUGUAUAUCAGUUAGGACCGA